GAACAACUUAACAAAAGGUUAAAAGAUAACUUUUUUAGACCGACAUAUGAACACAACUACUUAUGCAACAAAUCUUUAAUAAAAUGAAACCACAUUACCUAAACAAAAUUUUUAUUCAGAGUUUUAGUGUGGUUGCUCUAGUAUAAACAUAUAAAAACACACACACACAUAUUAAAUUCUGUUGAAAGUAGUACAAACCGCCAUUACUUCUUCUUACCAUAAUCAUCAUCAUCAUCAUCAACAUUAUUAUCAUCAUUUAUUGUAUUACCUAGCUAUCACAAUCGUAAAAAGACAUAGGAAAAGAUAACAACUUUAUUUAUAUUAUGGAUAACUAUUCACAUCAUUAAAUAAUUAUCUUUAACAGUAAAAUUAAUAAAAACUUGACUUGUUUUCUUCUUCUUUUUUAAAGAAAAAAGAGAAAAAGAAAAGAAAAACAACAACCAAGCACAUAUUAAGCAAGACAAAUAGACAAUUAACACCAUAGACUAUUUAUAUUGAGCAAAACUAUCUCAAUUAUUACUAACAGAGACUAAAAGUGUAUUACAUAAUUAAUUGAACAUUAAAUAAUUAAAACACAAACGAACAAACAAACAAACAAACAAAGAUUCUAUCCUAAUGAUGACUGUUUCUAACGGAUUAAAUAUGGAAUUAUUUAUUUCAUAAUGAUCAAUAAACAAUUUUUAAAAAAAAAAUAGUUUAAAGUAACAUAAAAAUAUUCUAUUUUCUAAUUAACCUAUUCAAGUCAAAUAUAAAGUGAACAAUAAAGUAAAUUCACUUGGAUUAAUUAACGUCUAUUAUCAUAUAUAGACUUAUAUAAAUACUGAUUAUUAGACGGUGAUCAUCGUAGAUCCGGAGGGCACGAUUAUCGUCGUCACACUUCUGGACAUAUACAUUCAUCUGAUUCACAUCCACGUACAUUUAGCGGAGGUGCAACACAUAGUGAAGUUGGUGAAGGCGGUGUAGGCGGUCUUGUUGGUGAUAGUCACGGUGGUCAUUCAUUCGGUGGUCACGAACAAGGCGGAGUAAUGGAUGCUACAUUCAUCUGGAAAUUAACUAAGCUUGGAAGAAUUGGAUCAUCAAGGCUACGAUUUGAUGAUGAUUUUGCUGAUAGACUUAACUAUCAGUAUACUGGGGUAUUGAUGUUUCUUUUCAUUGGUCUUAUUGGGAUUCGACAAUAUGUUGGUAAACCUAUUCAAUGUUGGAUUCCACAAGAGUUUACACGUGGUUGGGAAGAAUAUGCUGAGAAUUAUUGCUGGGUAUCUAAUACUUAUUUUGCUCCAUUACAGCAUAGUUUACCUCCAGCCCCGGAUAGAGAGAUGUUACUUAUUGGUUACUAUCAAUGGGCACCAAUUGUAAUGGCUAUACAAGCUAUGUUAUUUUAUUUACCAUGUCUUAUAUGGCGUUUAUUUAUGGCUCAGUCGGGUUUCAACGUUAGACGUAUUCUACAAAUGUCAUGUGAUUCUAAUGUUCUACUACCAGAGCAUACAAUGAAAAAUGUACGCUUCAUAGCUCGUUAUAUGGAAGGUUGUAUUUAUAGACAAAGAGAUUAUAGGAAAAGAAAAUUAUCAACAGUUUUAGGAUUUUCUCCUACAAGUUACACUGGUCUUGGACAAUCACCUCAUAUACAUGUUCAUCAACACUAUUCACCCUCUUAUCCUCCUCAUCUUCAUCAUCAACAACAACCACAUUCACAUCUGCACCAUCCCCCUCCACCACCACCACCUCAUUCACAUACCCAAUCACCACCAUAUAUGCCUACAAGUCAGUUUCAUCAGCAAUUAACAACAGUUAAUUCAAGACAAUCACCUAUAGGCGGUGAUGAAAAUCGUUACAAUAAUGAUCAUCAAAUAGAAUCCACAUUGAUUACAUCACCACGUCGUGAUUCUAAUACAUCAUUAUUCGAUAAAAUUAGACAUAGUUUCUCUAUAGAUGAUAAUAAUAAAAAAAUUAAAAAACGAUUACCAUCUGUUACAGAAGAAGCUAAUACAUUAGUUACAACAAUGGAAACAUUAAAUUCUAGAAAUAGUGGUGAUUAUCAUCCAAUGCUUGGACGUUUAAAAAUUGAUGAUAGUCAUACUCAACAAAAUAUAACAACAAAUGUGAAUACAACAAAUUCAUAUCGUUCUAUUCAUACAUUAUCACCUACAUUAUAUAAAUCACAAGAAAAAUCAUCAUUAAAUUUACAUAAGAAACAACAUUUACAUUAUUGUUGUACAUGUUUUUGUGGUAAACGUCAGGGAAAUUUUUUAGUUCUCUUAUAUUUUUUCACUAAAUUCUUAUAUUUAACAAAUAUUAUUGGACAAUUAUUUAUGAUGGAAAAAUUUGUUGGUAAUGAUAGUACAUUUUAUGGAUUUCGUGUAUUAUAUGAUUUAUUAAAAGGACGUGAAUGGUUUCAUUCGGGUAAUUUUCCACGUGUAACAUUUUGUGAUUUUGAAGCGAAAAAACUUGGAAAAAAUCAUAAAUAUACUCUACAAUGUGUCCUUCCAUUGAAUAUGUUCCUAGAGAAAAUCUACAUAUUUCUAUGGUUUUGGCAUUGUUUAGUUGGUAUAAUUACAUUGAGUAGUUUUAUUAUUUGGUUCUAUCGUAUGGGAUCAUCUAAAUGUCGUAUCAAAUUCAUUCGAAAAUAUUUAAAAAUUAUGUCAGUUAUGCGUGAUACAGAUAAAGCGGCAACUAGUAAAUUUGUUGAAAAUUAUUUACGUCCAGAUGGUGUUUUUUUAAUACGUUUAAUAUCAAUAAAUGUUGGUGAUUUAAUGGCUGGUGAUUUAACUUGUGAAUUAUGGCAUAUUUAUCGACAUAAACGUUUACAUGAAACUAUGGAAGAACAAAAAUAUCUUGAUGCAUUUAGUAAUACACCAGGCGAUUAUUUGAUUAAUAAUAAUAAUAAUAACAAUAAUAAUGGUUCCAGUUAUAUUGGUGAAACAAAUGAUUUAAUAUUAGGCACAACUAUACCAUCUUCAAAAUAUUCAAAUAAAAAUCAUUCACCAACUGCACCACCUAGUCAAAAUGCAAUCAUUAGUACAACUUCAAAUGUUACAGUAUCUGGACCAAAUAUCAAUAAUACAAUGAAUCAUAGUUCUAGUAAUAAUGAUGAUAGUAUUGUUUAA